GUGUGGUUGCGUGAGUCGAGUCGAGUCAAGACAUGCACGCCACAUGAAUGAAUGGAUGGAUGUAUCAUGGCCAUGAACCCAAGAGCCAAAAUCCACACGUCACCAUCCAUCCAUCAAUCGUGUACAAAGUUGUCUGCACUCAAGUCACCCCCCUUGCUGUUCUGACCCCCCCUCCCCCUCCCCCUCUCCCAGCAGCUGCAGCCGACGCAGCAGCUUGAACAAUAUGACAGACGCCUUGAGCUGCGCACCGCUUUUCAUCCACAGCUUCAGCUUCACCGUGGCGUCUCCAUCCUGUCGCCCACCACCAUUGCAAGCAUUCGUCGUCUGCCUUCCCUCCGCCGCCCCCUCCAAUGGCCCAGCUCGAGAUGGAGAUGGAGACAGGCGACAUGCUCUGAAAAUCGGUAAGUGCUGCGGGUCACAGAGGCCCUCCCCAUGUUUGGAGCCGCCGGGCUUGUUCUUCUUCUGCCGACCCGAGGCACUCUUGUUCAUGGCUGCCUGGUCGUCAGGGGGGAUGGAAUGGGACAGGACACUAAUUGCGGCCAUGUCUUCGUACAGCAGCAGUCCCUCGUGGGCCGGCAGGGUUGCCUCGAAGGUGAGACAGAAGGGGUGGCUUCUCAACGGAGGCGCCGAGCCACCGUCCUCCGACGACGGCAGUCCCUCAUCAGCCGACGUCCCUGUCAAGUCCAGGUGGUAAUUGAGGGACUUGAUAGGGCCGAAGUCGAAGAGACAUCGGGUGAGGCACACCUGCGGCACGCGGAGAGUUCCGAGUGUCUUUCGGCCGCACUCCUCAGGCUGGUUCGCAUUGCUUGUCUUGAGGUCAAGCGGCGGGACUCUAAAGUUCGCACCUCCACUUUUAGCACCACCAUUUGCCGUCGUCUUGUCAUCAACUUUGGAUUCUCCCUCUCCCUUGAUGGAGUCGAUCACACCGCUCAGGUCAAGAUGGCAUGGGUGCAGGAUGACCUCCACGGCAGUGAGCGUGACUUUGAAGAGCGACGGCGACGUCACGUCGCCCCAGGACGUCUCCAGCACAGCGACGACAUUCACAAGCUGGAUACCAGAGAGAAACCGAUUUGCCACGACCUCAGGGGGGCCACCGAGCAACGACCGCGGAGACGCUUGGGUGUCUGCCGCAGAGGGAAGACAUGGUUUGCAAAGGGGGAUGCAUGAGUCAUCUGUACGCCUUACGUGUACCUGCUGAUAUCACAGCUGGUCCGGGGCAAGCCGUGGGUGGGGCCCGCUUGAAGGCCUUGGCUACCUGCUUGUCCUGCAGAGAGGCAUGCAGGACAGGACAGACAGCACAAAAGGGGAGGAAAGAGACAGUGACUGCGGAUGGACACUGUAGACAGAAGUGGGCCUGUCUUGUCUUCCUACGUACUUCAAGUAGGCAUUGAAUGAGCUUGGCCUCAUAGGCCUCAAACGACGCCCUGUUGGUGAAGGCCUGUACGACCAAGAAAGGAGACGAAGAAAAAACAACGAGGAGGAAUGAGGAUUGACGGCAUCACCCCGGGCCGCCUGGCUGCCUGCCUCCCGUGUGCACGGCAUGUCCGCCCACCUCCUUUGGCCCUCUUGGCGUGCGCGGCGUCUGUGCGGGUGAGGAAAGGAAGAUGGGCGAGUCUGCUCCUCCGCUCCUGCACGUGCAUGUCGCUCCACACCCAUACAGGACGAUGCCCAUGAGCCGCUGCAUGAAGGGAAGCGGAGCCGCCUGUUGUGGCUCCACGGGCAGCUGUCGCACUGUCGGUCCACGAGGCUGCACGUGGCCUGCAUCCGUCGUGACUCUGAGAGAGGGGAACGGAAGAAGGAUGCACUCAGAGCAGUUGCCACGGAGUGAGCCAUCGUGCCCUCACAAGGCUUACAGAACGAUCUCAUGGUCGUCGAAUGUGAAAGCUGCUUCCGACGCGAACAU